AUGAAAGUAACUAUACAGAAAUGGAUAGGUGUAGCAAGUUGGAAAUGGCAAGUGAAUGAUGACAAUUGUGGUAUCUGUAGAAUGCCCUUCGAUUCUUGCUGCCCGGAGUGUAAACUACCUGGUGAUGAUUGUACAAUAGUAUGGGGUGAAUGUUCGCAUUGUUUUCAUGUACAUUGUAUUUUGAAAUGGUUGCAAUCACAGAAUUAUCAAGAUCAGACUUGUCCAAUGUGCCGCCAGUCAUGGAAAUUUAAGACUCAUUAA